GGUAGUUUUUACUUUUUUUAAUACAAAGUCACAAGUUACACAAUCUGUCAAAAUAUGUCCGUCAAAAAUUGUCAAAUGUCAAAUGAAAUAAUCGAAAAUGUUCUUGAAAAACUUAAUUCAUGAAUUUUGAAAAUGUGAUGUGAUUUAUAAUGAUUUACAUGUUGAUUGUGUAAUAUAUUUUCAAUAAACUUUAACUUUACUAUAACUAGUUCGUCCAACGUGAUUAUAUUUUUGUUGUAAGGACCGGUAGAGGUUAUAAAAUAGAUUUUCUUCAAAACACCUAUUGGUUAUGUUUAUGCAAUAUUUCCUAGGAAGUAGCUGAAGAAAUUACGUAAACAAUGUCAAGAAUACUGCACAAUCGAAUGAGAUCAUCUCUAAGACGGUCAACAGCCUGGUCAUGUGUAGACAAGCGUGCCGUAGCAUUCUCAGUAUGGACGGGCCGGAGUAUGUUGCUACACAAACCGUUAGACCCGAUCCAGAUCCCCCGCAGACGGUACGGAAUGCUGGUGGCUCGUGCCGUGAGGGGCAUGCUGAAGAUACGAUACUUGUUGCUCGGUGGAGCUGUGGGCGGUGGGAUGACUUUAAAUAAGAAAUACACCGAAUGGAAAGAUGGCCUUCCAGACAUGGGGUGGUUGAACGACCUGCUGCCUGACAAUGAACAGUGGGACCGAUUCACUACGACCCUCAUCUCAGCCAAAGAAAAGAUUGGCGAUCAACUUCAAAUAGGUGUCCCUCUGACGCUGUCGCUGCACGCAGAUCCGCGGCUUCGCGAGGCGGGCGUCGCACGCGCGGCGGAACUCCGCGAGUGGCUUGCGCAGCGCUACGAGGACGCCGUCGCGGCCGCCGCGGCCAAUAACGCGGCCAGCCAUAUAGAACCGGCGCCGAAGAUUGUAAACAAUCUUCAAAGUCGACCUGCACCGUCGCCAAGCAAAUCAUCGGGAGAAGAAAGCACUUCUUACGAAAAACGCGUCCACGCCUUGCAAGAGGAGGUGUUAGCGCUUCAAGCGAGGUACCAGCGCGAGCUUCAGCGCUUGGAGCAGGAGAACCGCGAGCUUCGUCAGCAGAAUAUGCUGCUUCGUCAGGGCCGCGCGCCGCCCACUAGGAAGGCCAAGCGUUCACUCAUCGACAUGUACAGCGCUGUCCUGGACGAGCUGUCGGGCUGGGACGCGGGCGAGACGGACCGGCUGCCGCGCGUGGUGGUGGUGGGCGACCAGUCCGCCGGCAAGACCUCCGUGCUGGAGAUGAUAGCUCAGGCCAGGAUCUUCCCGCGGGGGGCUGGCGAGAUGUGCACUAGGGCACCUGUAAAGGUGACACUAUCGGAGGGUCCGUACCACGUGGCCCAGUUCCGCGACUCGUCGAGGGAAUUCGAUCUCAAUAAGGAAUCUGACCUUGCAGAUUUGAGGAAAGAGGUAGAACUCCGUAUGCGUAACAGCGUGCGAGGCGGCCGGACUGUGUCCACAGAAGUGAUAUCCAUGUCUGUGAAGGGACCUGGCUUGCAUCGCAUGGUGUUGGUCGACCUGCCCGGUGUUAUAUCGACUCAAACAGUGGACAUGGCGUCGGACACUCGUGAAGCGAUCAAGCUCAUGUCUCGACAGUACAUGGAGAACCCCAACGCCAUCAUACUUUGCAUACAGGACGGGUCCGUAGACGCAGAGCGUAGCAACGUGACGGAUCUGGUAGCUUCAUGUGACCCGGGCGGAAAGAGGACCAUCUUUGUUCUUACCAAGGUUGACCUGGCUGAGGAGAGUCUGGCCAAUCCCAACAGGAUCCGUCGUAUCCUAGAAGGCAAGCUGUUCCCCAUGAAGGCGCUAGGCUACUAUGCGGUAGUAACUGGCCGUAGCCGCAAAGACGACUCCAUACAAAGCAUUCGCGAGUACGAGGAGCGGUUCUUCAGGUCAUCCAAAUUGUUCAAAGACGGCCUAGUGACUCCAUCCCAAGUGACAACUCGCAACUUGUCCCUGGCUGUAGCAGAUUGCUUCUGGCGGAUGGUGCGCGCGUCGGUCGAGCAACAAGCAGACGCCUUCAAGGCCAUGCGCUUCAACCUCGAGACCGAGUGGAAGAACACUUUCCCCAGACAGCGCGAGCUCGACCGCGACGAGCUAUUCGAGCGGGCACGCGCCGAGCUACUCGACCAGUCGGCCGAGCUGUCGGCCGUGGCCGCGCCCGCCUGGGAGCAGCGUCUACACGCGGCGCUGUGGGGCGCGGCGGCCGAGAGAGUCUUCGCCGGGAUAUAUCUGCCGGCCGCGGCGCAGGCCCAGGACGACGUGGAUAAAUUCAACACAUCAGUCGAUAUCAAGCUUCGCGAGUGGGCGGACACAGAACUCCCGGCUGCAUCCAUCCGCGCCGGUCGCGAGGCAUUGCGAGAGGAGUUUACUGAGCUCAUGAGCCGUGCAGCUGAUUCUGAUCCUAUCUACGAACCGUUGAAGAAAGAGGCAGUGGAGGAAGCUUUGAGAAGACACCACUGGGAGGAUCGUGCUCAGGAUGUGCUCCGAGUGCUGCAACUGAACGCUUUACAAGACCGGUGCGUGGCGUCCCGCGCCGACUGGGACGCGGCCGUGGCGCUUAUGGAAGACGCGCUGCGCGAGCGACGCGCGCUCACCGACCACGAGCUCAAGGAGCUCACGGGUCCCGGCUUCAAAGAGCGCUGGUUCUACUGGCAAAGUACCUCGGACGAGCAACGCCGCCGCGCGGAGGUUAGGGCCGAACUAGAAAGGCUCGGCUCCGCGCGGCCUGCGCUGGCCUACGAUGAAGUUAUAGCCGUGAGGGACAACCUUAGGAGGCGCGGCGUGGAAGUGGACAAUGAGUAUAUUAGGGAGACGUGGAAGCCCGUAUACCUGAAGAACUUCUUCGAGAGGGCGCAAACGAGGGCGCGGGAUUGCAAAAAGAGUUUCUAUUUGUACAGCCAACAGAAUGGAAAUGGGAAGGAGUGCUGCGAAGUAGUGAUGUUCUGGCGCGUACAAUCCACGCUGCGGACCACCGCCAACGCGCUGCGGCAGCAGAUCGGCAACCGCGAGGCCGCGCGCCUCGACCGCGAGCUCAGGGAGGUCUUGGACGAGAUGGCAUCAGAACCUGAAUUAAAGAAGAAAUUGCUCUCGGGCAGACGUGUAGAACUUGCAGAAGAACUAAAACGAGUGAGACAAGUGCAAGAACGAUUAGAAGAGUUCAUCGAAGCAUUGAACAAGGAGAAGUAGAUUGGUGAUUAGUUGGUCGCGUGCACUCGCCAACACAAAUGUAAAUUGUACAGCGUUUCGCUGAGUGAACGAACGAAUGAAUGAACGAUGGUUUCGGUCACUCAUUCAUUUCUGAAGUAGCACUUAGGAACGACCUGUUUUGUUUGUGAAUAGGGCAGUUAUGUUAUACAGGGUGGCUCGAUGAAAUCAAAUUGUAUUUUAUAUAAUCUCAUAUUAGCAGAUGGUUUUAUAGCAGGGUUUGCAUUAAAAAAUGGCAAAUAAUUUGUCUGAAUUAAAAUUCAACAUAAUUAUGAUGUCACAUUAAAAAUGAUAGUGUAUUGUUUAUGUUUUUAGUUCACAUUCAUAAAAGAUUCCACAUCCAAUACAGAUAUUGUUAAAACUAACAAUUGUCCAUUUAUUAAAUCCUGCUCUAAAACCUAGCUGUUAUGUAUCCAGAAUAUGCCAGCCUGUAUAAUUUAGUCACUUUAGUUUAAUAUAACUUAAAAUGCAUAGCAUACAUACAUUUAAUACAGUUAACUUAUUUAUAAAUUUACCUGUGUGAAAUUCAAAAUCGAUUUAUUAGGGAAAGUGAAGCACUAGUUACUUAGUACUUGUAUAGUGUUGUAUUUAAAACUCAUUUAAUUAAAAAAUACCGUCUAUAAGGUAUUAAGGAGUAUCGAUUCGCAUAAAAUACUAAUCUAGUG